CCUCCGCUCCCCCCUGCGCUGAGCGCUGACAGCAGGCUGACCGGAGACCGUCGCUGCUGCCGCCGCCGCCGCUUCCGCCACCAGCUUCCACUCCACGUUGUGAGUCCGGAUACAAAGCGACACCAGGACGGGACUUAAUUUCUGUCACGGGAAACAAAAACAACACAAACAAAGUGUUUUCUUGGAGGCUUUUUUUUUUUGGACACGCUGACCGCCGAGCUUCCUCCUCCUCCUCCUCCUCCUCCUCCUCCGGUGCUGAACGGACUGUCGGUGAAGUGAGACUCUGACUGAGAGGCCAACAGCUGAGAGACGUUUGACUGCAUGAAGAGGCCGAGUGACGGGACCCUGGUCCUCACCUAGACCCCUCCCACGACCCCCCCACUGCCUGGACAUGAGGUUGUUCCGAUCGUUUGCAAACGACGACCGCCAUGUCAUGGCCAAGCACGCCAGCAUCUAUCCGGCGCCGGAGGAGCUGGAGGCGGUGCAGACGCUGGUGUCCACCGUGGAGGGAGCCCUCAAGAAAGUCUCUGAUUGGAUGGAUGGCCUCAACAAAUCCUUAGGGAAGACCCCCACCAAUAAAGAGGCUGGGGACAAGACGGAGGACGACGCUGCUGAGACAAAGCCCAACAGUACUUCAGUGCUGUGCGGGGUGACCCGCGUCGGUCUGGUCGCCAAAGGCCUGCUGAUCAAAGGGGACAUGGACUUGGAGCUGGUGCUGAUGUGCAGGGAGAAACCCACCAAGCUGCUGCUGUACACCAUCAGCGCCAACCUGCCCCUGCAGAUCCAGACAAUGACGGAGGACAAAUACGAGGUGCAGUCGUGCGUGCCUGAGGCAGCCAUCCGGGUCUGCAGCACCAAAGACCCCCGACUCACUCUGAAGAUCACCCUCUCCUCCUUAACCAUGAGGGAGGAGCACGGCACCACAGAAGAAGAGGAGGGCCAUCAGAACGACAGCAAGGGGAGGCAGGAGGAGAAGGAGGAGGAGGAGGAUGUCCUGGACAGGAAGAAGUGCCAGGCUGCGCUGGCUUCGCUCCGACACGCCAAAUGGUUCCAGGCCAGAGUCACAGAUCUCAAGUCUUGCGUCAUCAUCUUGAGGAUUUUCAGAGACAUGUGCAACAGACUGGCUGGGUGGCAGCCUCUCAAAGGAUGGCCUCUGGAGCUCAUCUGUGAAAAAGCCAUCGCCACCUGUAACCGGCCGCUGGGUCCAGGUGAGGCCCUGCGUCGGGUCAUGGAGUGCAUCGCCUCAGGGAUCCUGCUGCCAGGAGGGCCAGGAGUUCACGACCCCUGUGAGAGGGAACCCACAGACGUCCUGUCUGACCUCAGCGCCCAGCAGGCGGACGCCAUCACACACAGCGCACAGCAUGCGUUACGCCUCCUAGCCUUUGGACAGCUUUACAAGGUCUUGAGUAUGGAUCCUCUUCCCGCCAGCAAGCCCUCACAGAGGCUGUUAGAAGGCGGCUGUCAGAAGAGGCUCCGGGAGGACGCCGGGUCAGAAGACAGAGACUUCAUCAAAAGGAUGAAAGUGCUGGACUGGAGAAUGACGGAUCCAAACCACCCCAUGAACGCUCUGAUGCGUCUGAACCAGAUCCACCCAGGCCUCCAGUACCGCCUGCUGUCCCAGUCUGGCCCCGUGCACGCUCCGGUCUUCACCAUGUCUGUGGAGAUCCAGGGAACCACCUACCAGGCCACCGGGAACUCCAAGAGAACCGCCAAGCUCCAAGUGGCCCUCAAGGCGCUGCAGGCUCUGGGAUUUGUGCUCGGCGGGGACGGAGACAUCGACUCGCUGAGCGCGGAUGAGAAGUCAGAUGGCGAAGGCAAGAAUGACAGGAUGUCCACCAGCUCCAGCUCCACCUCCAUCACCUCCUCCACAGACACACAGGAGUCCAGAGCUCCAGGUCCCAUCCUGACGGCAGGAGGUAAGAACCCAGUGAUGGAGCUGAAUGAGAAACGCCGCGGCCUCAAAUAUGAGCUGAUAUCAGAGAGCGGCAGCAGCUACGACAAACGCUUCAUCAUAGAGGUGGAGGUGGACAAGCAGGUGUUUCGGGGGACGGGUCCCAAUAAGAAAGUAGCCAAAGCCAGCGCAGCGCUCGCCGCCCUGAACAGCCUGUUCUCUGGCUCCAAAUCUACAAGCAACAAGAAGAAGAGACCCAACCCUCCUCCCAAACGGCCUGUUGCUUCAGUGCUGACGCUCCCGGCCCUCGCUGCCAGACCUCCACGUGUCCCCGUCAUCCCCAGAGCUCCCUACAUCAGCACCCCACCCACACAUGGAUACAUCCCCCCAGGUUUCGGUGCUCCUUAUGGUUACAGCCCUGCAGGUGCCCUCCCUCCCUAUGGCGGCCUGUACAUCGACAGUGCCUAUUACCAGCCGCAGACCAUCGCCACACCUAUCAUCAUCCACCUGGGCCCUCAGGAUCUUUUCUGACCCCACCGAUGUACCGAGACCAGACUCGGCGGCAGCCUCAACCUCCUGUUUAAUCCCUCACCCUUAUUAAACUCUGCCAACGCCUCUCAAUUACUGCGGCAGCGCUCCCCUGGGUUUCUCCCUCCACACGAGACACGGCAGCAAUAUUGAAAGCAAUAUGGAGGAGAAAACACCUCGGGCAACACUCUGUCAAGUCCAGGUCAGGUUUUAGUGAAGAAGAAGCCACAGACGAGACUUUGUUUGACCCAACUCGCUCAGAAAACGUCAAUAAAACACAAAGCAAUACUUCUCUUGCCUUCGGGGAUCUCUACGUGUUCCAAAGCAACUUCAGACAGGCCAUCAGCACCGGCACAUUCACUACAAUGUGACCUCCUGUAUGUAAAUAUAUUUACUAUCUGUACAUAUGGAUGUAUGUGAGUUUUGAAUAUAUCUAUAAAUAUAUAAAUAUAUAAACAUGUUAAUAUGUUUGAAUAUGUAAAACGCAACGACAGGUAAAGACACAUAUUUAUAAUAUAUCUCUGAAUGUAAAUACUGAAGUAGCUUUGUAUUUAAAGCUCUCUCAGAUAUGCUAUCUAUAAAUAUUAAGACUUCAAUACAUUUUACAAACUGUCUCGAACACUGUAUUGCUAUGUUGAUGGUAUAUAAUCCCUAUUUAAACAUGAUUACAUAUAGAAGCACCAGGAGAAAUAUCACAUAUAAUUUGAUAAGUUUUAAUGGUUUAUUCUCAAACUAAUAAGCUCUUAAAUUGAAGUUUAUCACCUGUUGUAAAGUCUCCUGCUGUCACACAGUUGCUGGGUUUUUGGUGUAAACCACAAGGAGUCAUUAGAUCAUCAACAGAUUUCUGUAACACAUAAAUAUCUUCAUCUUUUACAGACUUGUUUUGUUUUGGAAUCUCUCAAGAUGAAAUAGCUGCAAAGGUUUAAAGGUAAAGUGUGACAGAUUGAGGGGGAUUUGAUGGCGCCUAGCUUUGAAUUGCAGAUUUUUACUGGGAGCUGAAUUAUCCUAUUAUCUCCUACUUUCCAAAACAAACAGACCAGGUGAUUAAAACCACUAAAAGCACUGAUUAAAGCAGAUUUACGUUACAAAUCAAGUGCAUCUGCGACGCUAUUUGGCAUCUCGAAGACGGGCGGCUCGCCCACAACUUGGCUUAUCAGGAUAAAUGAUGGGAUCAUGGACAGAUUUCACAAUCAGCAGAUGGACUUAUUAUUGUGUAGCUGUUAAAAUCAUGCUAAAGUCACAUAUCUGUAUCAUAAACUUCUAUGUUUGGUUCAUUUUCUUUCACACCACAAACUCACUGCACCAGAGUCCAAUUGGAAGCAGAUAAAGACCCACCAUUUUGAGCAGUCUUGGUCCACACCAGGGUUCGACUGACAGGUUUCACACUGUCCAAAACAAAUACGCAAACAGACCUGAGUUUGUUUUUACCACACCAAACAGGUUAGGUGUGAAAGCACCCUUAAACUGGUAAAAACACUGAAUAGUAGUUGUGCAUGUGCCUGUUUGCAGCUCGUCCAACACAUGCUGAUGUGAGGUCGCUUUUUUUCUCUGAUAACUUAAGAUCCAGACGUUCAGGAGGUUUUCAAACACACCAGGUGAUUUAUACUGCUAGAAACACUGAAUAAAGCAUGUUCAUGUUACCAAUCAGCAUGACUCCGGCGCUGCUCAUUGCAGUUUGGCGGAAACAUGAAAACGCAAAUGUGUUCUAUCUGGAGCCAGCGUUUGGUUUGUCUGUUCUGGGCUACUGUAGAAACAUGGCGAUCUCCGUAAAGGAAGACCUGCUCCCUAUGUACAUAUAAAAGGCUCAUGCUAAGUUAAGGAGAACACGACUACUCUUAUUUUCAGAGGACUAUUCCCUAAAGGAAACAAACUCAUUAUAUUAUAUUGUAUUUCUGCCAGUAUAUCCCCCUGAAUCCUGCACACUGGACCUUUAAAAGGUUAAAAAUGACCCGCAAAGAAAAGGUGCAGGGUUUUACAAAUGUGUUAUCUGUGGUAAUAUUAUAGCUUUUAUAACAUUUCUGGUUUAUUAUUAUAUUUAACAUUUAGUAAAUGUAAAGAAUCAAUUUAAAACAAUUCAUGGAAUUAAAUCUUAUCUAAUUAAUGACCGAGUCAAAGUCGAGGUACCUCAUUACAUGGAUGCAAAAAAUCCUAAUUGUGUUUGGAACAAUGGUCACGAUGGUGUAAUAGAUUAAAAGUAGAUUUGUUCAGAUAUUAAUUCCAGUUUCAGAAAUGCCUCUGAUACUGCCGAAAAUGCUGAAUCAGGUAUCAGCGAGUGCAACGAUCUUACACCACAUAAUUUAAUAAUAAACUUUAAAGUAGUUUCACACUCAAAUAAAACGGCAGUCUUCCCGGUAGCCUCCAGAAAGUUGCAUUGUGUAGCCACUGGCAACUACAUUUUUAGAGCAACAAAGAAAAAUCAGUUGACAGUAAAUACUGUGGUGUUAACUGCUGGCACAAUGUCAGCAAUUUGGCAAUAUUUUAUAAUGGAACGUCCCAACAGUAAAAAGGUGUGCAGAACGCAAGGCUUUAGUUUGGAGGUGGCACUAGUGUUUAAAUCUUAAAGCAUCUGAAGAGAAAUCACAGAUGUGUUUAUUCAGGUUUUACAAAGGGUUUAACCUGAGCCAUGAAACUCAACAAUGACAGCAAUCAUUUCACUUCCAUACAGUGUCAGUAGUAUACAGAUGUUAAAUUUUAUUUUACUCAGUAUCGGCAGAUAUUGAAAGGUAUUGAAACAUCUCUAAAGUGGACACUACAGUAAUAUUGGUUGUUAAAUUUGUAAUAUCUUGCAAUAUGUAUCCAACUAACCUCCUAGUUUAUGUGCAUAUUUAUAUUUUAGCCUUCAAUUCCCCUGUUAAAUUUGGCUGAGACAUUAAUGCUAUCCAUUAAAAGUGUAGACAACAGAUUUCAGGUUUGCCUCUUCAGAUAUUUCCUGAGCUACGCUGAAGGUGGAGAGCUCUAUUUGUUAUCAGUGAAGAACUACAGCUCCCAUGGUGCUUUAAGAGCACAUUUAGAGUAUGAUUACUACUAAUGUGAGAGCUGUCUGAAUGCUAACCUUGGUUAAAAUUAUGAAGUGUUCUGAUUUUACUGUUGUGUGUGGUGGAUUUAUUUUAAUGGACAUGGACAGGAAACUUCAGUAUCAUGUUGAAGCUACACAGACUGAAGAAAGAAACUGUCUACAUAAAGAUACGUGCAACAGAUGCAAGUGGAAGGGCCCUGACACACCAAGCCCACAGUCGACUGUUAGUCAAUGUUUGGCCCUCGGUGAGCAUCUGUCGCCCUAGUUUUUGCUGUGUGUCCCGCACUGUUGGCACUAGUCAGCCAUUUUUUGGUGGAUUCAGCAUGUUGAAUUAGCGUCAAAGCCAGUGGAGUCCGUCAGUUACUUAAAUCACAGAUUAGCAGUUCAACUCAGUGCACGAGAGGAGAAACCGAAGUGAGGAAAGUAAACAAACAGCUAAGGUAAAGAGGGCGUGAAAUCGAAACUAACGUGUCACAUUAGCGAAUCUUUUUUUUUUUUUUUUUUUUUUAAGCCACCAAGCUCUUCAGCAGAAACAGUUCGUAUUUGUUUGUGUUAAUGGUUCGCUAGCUCACGAUAAAUAUGCUUUGUUCUUGCAACAUUGCAUUGUGUUGUUGAUGUGCUAACUGGCGUCUUGAAUCCAUCCUGUCCAUGGAUGUAUAAACAGAUCUGAGGUCUCAUUUCUAGAACAGUGCGUAGGAUCCAUACUAGAAAUGUGUGUGUGGACAAAAAAAAAAUGGCGUGCACCAAAAAAUAUUUGACAAUUUCUACAAUCAGGCGUCCACCUCACCAUCUGCAUCGCCAACUUCACAUCUCUAAAAUGUUCAUAAGCCGAAUGAGCCAAAGUUUCCCCCAUCAAGUCUGUUUUUACAGAUCACAACUUUUGCGUGGGAAGUGGCGUACGCCUCUUUCAGGCUUCGUUUUGUGCGUAUGCAGUGUUUUUAAAUGAGACUCCUGGACACAGCAUUGGCAACGAGGCCCCAUUAAUUCCUAAGAAAAGCUGCUCAGUGGCGCAUGAAGCCAAAAUGGUUCAAUUGUGGCGUAUAAAGUUACCCACAUGAUCGGGCAGUGCCUUCACACUGUGGACUACAGACUCCCACCAGACGAGUUGGCUACUUGUGGUUUAGCGCUCUGCUAACUAGAACGGUCUAUUGGGGGGGUAUGUUGGGGUUAAAACGUAGGGUUAGGGUUAGGAUUAUAGUUAUGGGGAAAAGUCAUUUUGGGCUGCGGGGCAUCACGUGAUGGACUAGGAAGUUUUAAUUCCACUGUUUGGCUUCUACGAAAAUUGGCCUCAAAACAUGGCCCACUUCCUGGGGGCCUGGUCCUGUCAGUCUUCCAGGUUCUCUUUUUGAAUGACGAAUGCAGACCACUGCCACCUGCUGGUCUGGAGAGUUAUUUCCUCUCAAGCCGGUGCAAAACAUACGUGCUAGUUGGUUGUUGGCUGUAGUCUUUGUGGUGUGUUCAUUUGUCACUUCCUGGCAGAGACACAGGCGAUGUGAGACAAUGCAACAGUCAGUGUUUGUUGCUGCUAGUUUUUUGAUGUCGGUUGGUGUGUCUGGGCCCAAACAGAGCCGAGCUCGGACACUUCAGCUUUUUAUGAGUUUGUUUUUCAUAGUUUUCAGAUUUCAUCACUUGUUGCUGAGAGGCACCUGAUGUUAGUCUCAUGAAACAACUAAACUUUAAUGAACAGACUAUUCCAAAAGAAGAUCUAAAGCCUGAAAGGGAAAAAUGGGAAUUUAUCAAAAUGAAUCUUAAUUAUUCUUGCACUUCACUGUGCAACAACUUUUGACAGAAGCAUAUUAACACUGAGGAAAAACAUUUAACACAAUGCAAAGUUUUACGAAGCAGUAUCAGAUAACAUGACCUGCUAACAUGUUCUUGGUGUGUUAUUCCUUGCUGCAGCCUGACUGGAAAGCACAAGUGUCUAAAGCAAUAUUCAACUCAGGAACCUCCAAACCAACUUAAUCUGAUCAUGUGACACAAACAAAUAAAACUGUCAACAAAGCUUCUGCACUGUAGACGAGACGAUGCUUCAACAGAAUGUGAACGCCGCUGUGGAUGUUUAAACACCUGCUGUAAUAUUAUGCACUGUUUAAGUGUUGAUGAAUGUAACAAACUAAUCAAAGGUCAAAAGCCUCGGUGAGAGGAGAGUGUACUGUACGCUUUUUUGUUUGUUAUCAUUUUCAUUAAAGUUCAGUUCAUGGAUUUUAACGUCUAAA